UCCCGCCCGCCCCUCCUCCGCCCGCCGUCGGCGUCGCCGGGUCCCGCUCGCUGUCUGGCGGCGGCGGUAGCGGCUGAGGGGACGCCGCCGCGACCGGAGUGCGCUUGACGCCGGGAGGAAGCCGAGCCGGAACCGCACCGUGGGGCCGGGGCUGCCCGGCCCCCGCCCGCCCGCGGGGCCGCAGGAGAUUCACUUCUGGUGGUGUGUGGAGGCUGUCACCUCAGACCUGCUCUCCAGUUCCAGUCUUUGAAGGGGCCAGCUGUGUCUGUGCAGCUAGCUGAAGAUGGCAGACCAGAGGCAGCGCUCCCUCUCUACCUCUGGAGAGUCCCUGUACCACGUGCUGGGCUUGGACAAGAAUGCUACUUCAGAUGACAUCAAAAAGUCAUACAGGAAGCUGGCAUUGAAAUACCACCCUGAUAAGAACCCUGAUAAUCCAGAGGCAGCAGAGAAGUUCAAAGAGAUCAAUAAUGCUCAUGCCAUCCUGACUGAUGCCACAAAGAGAAACAUUUAUGACAAGUAUGGCUCUCUGGGGCUCUAUGUGGCAGAGCAGUUUGGGGAAGAGAAUGUGAACACCUACUUUGUGCUGUCCAGCUGGUGGGCCAAGGCCUUGUUUGUGUUCUGUGGGCUCAUCACAGGCUGCUACUGCUGUUGCUGUCUGUGCUGCUGCUGUAAUUGUUGCUGUGGGAAGUGUAAACCUAAACCUCCUGAAGGUGAGGAGCAGGAGUACUACGUCUCUCCAGAGGACUUGGAGGCACAGUUGCAGUCAGAUGAAAGGGAGGCCUCAGACACACCUAUAGUGAUACAGCCAGCAUCAGCCACAGAGACAACCCAGCUGACAGCUGACUCCCACCCCAGCUACCACACCGACGGCUUCAACUAAGCUAAGGAGCCACUCACUAGGAUGGAUUGAAAAGAGGAGUUGUUAUUAUUAUUAAUUAUUAUUCUUCUUCAAAAUUCCAUGGCCAACUCAACACUAGAAUCAUGAACAUUAGAAGUAGAGAAUGGGGAGGUGGGGUGGGGAGGGGAAUUCAUUCUGCCCCAGCCAGCAGGCAGCCUUCCAACCUGCCAGGAAGAUUCCUUUUUGUAAUCCCUUCAGCCUUUUGUCCCCUUCCAGUGCCGUACCCUGAUGAUAAGCUGAAGUGCUGUAGCAUGCAGGCUGUAAAGCAGUUUAGUUAGGGUCUUCAUUUGGUUCCUGUUUGAUUGCCCUCCCCCCCGGUUUUGGUUUCCUUGGUUGUUCUGUUUCGCUUUGUUUCCCCCUCCCGGUUUUUGUUCCCUAGCAUGUCUGGAGCUCUGCUCAGUGUCUGUGCUGUGCUGUCUUGAGCUGUCCCUCAGAGCAGUCUGAUGGAGACAUUCUGCAGUUCUAAGCAGUGCUACUGGCCUGGAGACAAAAAAGACCAAAAACCAAACCAAAAAGAGGUUUGAAGUUUGGCAGCAGUCAGCAUCCUGCUGUACAGCUGAGCUCCUCAAGACCUCUCAAGAGCCUGAGGCUUCCAUUGGAGUGCAACCAACCCAAUCCUUCCCUCCUCCUCCCGUUCCUCUGCCAUUAUCCCCACAAGUUUACAAAGCCAAGAGCCAAACCCCCCCAGAUGCCAGCCUGCAGAGGUGGAGUCCUCCUUGCUGCUGCUUCUCAGCUGAAAUAAAUCUGCCUUGGGAAACCAACAGGCAAAAGGAGAGUUUAGGAUGUUGGAGCAGCUCUUCAGCUGUGAGGUGGCCUAACCACAGACCCAGCUUGGGUGGUGGCUGUUGGGGUUCUCCCUUCCAACACAGUCCUCUUUUGGGUUGAGUUUGGGUGUUUUGAAGGCCAGAUGGCAACAGUUUGUUUCCUUUUGGUGGCUUUUUUUGGGGGGGGAGGGGGGUGGAUGAGAAACAUAAAGUGAAACUGGGCUGGUGGCUUGCACCAGGCUGAGUUCUGCAGGGUGUGAAAUGCAGACAAGGAGGAAUCAGCACCGAUGCUAAGGGCAG